CCGGCUAAACGUGCGUUUCGUUCUAUUCCACAUGGAAAAGACUUCGCCGAGCGGUUCUGCGCCGGCCACAGAGUCGCCACCACCGUCGCCCAGCCAGCCGCAAACGCCACGCUGCAGUCCCGGCGAAGAGCGGCCGUCCCCGUGGCGGCGGGUGGCCAGCUUCACGGCAGUCGGUCACAGGGCGGGACACGAGGAUGGGACAACUCUUCGUAACGGGAGGCCGUGGUCAUUGCGGUUGAGGAAGACUAGCAAGAUUGACAAGAAGCAGCGAAAGUCGCAAGACGAUAAUUCUGUCUCUGCCGGCGGAAACAGUCCGACUGAGCUGAAUCCGGCGACCGUGGUAGCGGCAGCACCGGGCAGCCGCGCCGUUCUGCGCUGCCAGCUCGACGUUCCCUCCCUGCCGUCGGCGGCUGGUGCGGUUUCGUGGCUGCUGCCCGACGGCAGUUGCGUCAAGGCCUGCGCCCCGGGAGACGCGGCGCCCGUACUCUUCCGCAUGGGAGCUUCCGUGGACGAGGGCGAAUCCGCGUUGUCGGCCUUGGGCCGUGAGCAGUCGCUGGCGGACCGCUGCGUAGCGCGGCUGCACAGCGACGGCUCGAGCAGCCUGGAGGUCGCCGAGUGCGGACCCCUGGACGCCGGCCUCUACGUCUGCAACCGCGUCGUGGACGGCGCCGCCCGAGAGGGCGCCUCCACGCGGCUGCUCGUAACCGGAAAGCCAAACGAGCCAGGGCGGCCGGAGCUGGUAAACGCCCAGGGGACCAAGUUGCAAUUAAAAUGGGAACCAGCACAAGGAACGGACGACUGUCCAAUGACUGGAUAUGUGGUUGAAAAAACUGUCAAAGGUUUGCAUUCCUGGGAGCCGGCCGGGCCAGCGACCACAUUGUGCACGCAGGUGAUCCACUGCGACCCAGGCUGCUACAUGUUCCGCGUCGUCAGCUAUUCGGAACUUGGAACGAGCAAUCCCGGUCCAUCCUCUGACGCAAUUACGGUCACAGGUGACACAGCGAAAUCCCAGUCUGGUGUGGUCGAAUGGAAGAAGAACUUUUCCGAAUACGUCGAAGUGGGAGAGUGUGGAAGGCAAGCAGCAGCCAAGGUUAUCGGCUUCCAGCAGCAAUCACGCGCCACAGUGGAGCACGAGUGCCAGCUGUUGGCUAGCCUCCAUCACGAAGGCAUUGUUGAGCUGCUCGAAUGCUACCGCACGCCGAGCAGUCACAUUCUAGUGUUUCCAUUCAUCGAAGGACUCCGGCUCUUCGAUCACGUUUGUGUACAAUGGAGCUUCUACAGUGAGCACACGGCGUCGCAUUACUUGGCUCAGCUGUUCAACGCUCUUGACUACAUUCACCUCUGUGGUAUUGCGCACCUUGAUGUAAAGCCAGAGAAUCUGCUCGUGGAAGAAUGCAGCGACAGGCUCAAACUGAUUGACUUCGGUAACGCCCGCAGAGUGCUCGGAGCCGAGUGCAAAAUGUCCGUAAUCGGAACGGCAGAGUUCGUGGCGCCCGAGGUGCUCAAAAACCAUUCUCUCAGCACCCGCGCCGACCUCUGGUGA